UGGCUAGAGUGAGGGGAGAGAAAAAAUCAGUGCAGCCAUUGCAUACAUACGUUCACAACUGUGCUGAACAGUCUACACGUUGAACGUGCGGAGGAGAAAACACAGGGGGAGAAAUUCACCAGUUCUUCAGCGUCUUUACUGUCUGCCAAAGCCUACCGCUAUGGCAAAUGAAGGAGUGGAGAAAGCAGAGGAGACGGAACAUAUGAUAGAAAAGGAUGGAGGCAAGGAUCAGGAAAGUGUGCUGACUGCAGGGGACACCAAGGAGAUGCGUGCCGUGGUCCUGGCUGGGUUUGGGGGGCUCAACAAGCUCAGGGUAACCAAGAAGGUGAUGCCGGAACCUCUGGAGGGGGAGGUCAAAAUCCGAGUUAAAGCCUGUGGCCUGAACUUUUUAGACUUGAUGGUUCGACAAGGAAAUAUCGAUAACCCACCAAAGACUCCCCUUGUUCCUGGAUUUGAAUGCUCUGGGAUUGUUGAAGCUCUAGGAGAAAACACUAAAGGAUUUGAGAUCGGGGAUCGGGUCAUGGCCUUUGUGAAUUACAAUGCCUGGGCGGAAGUUGUGUGCACUCCCCUGGAGUUUGUCUAUAAGAUCCCAGAUGACAUGACUUUCCCAGAGGCCGCUGCCUUCUCUAUGAACUUCGUUGCUGCCUACAUGAUGCUGUUUGAAGUUGCCAAUCUGCGGGAAGGGAUGUCUGUGUUGGUCCACUCAGCUGGAGGAGGGAUGGGUCAAGCCGUCGCUCAGCUCUGCUCCACUGUUCCCAAUGUCACAGUCUUUGGAACAGCCUCACCCUUCAAGCAUGAAGCCAUCAAGGAUUCCGUCACUCAUCUCUUUGACAGAAACGUUGAUUAUGUCCAAGAAGUUAAAAAAAUAUCCCCAGAAGGAGUAGAUAUCGUCCUGGAUUGUUUAUGUGGAGAGAACACAGGCAAAGGUCUUGGUCUUCUUAAACCAUUGGGAACUUACAUCUUGUAUGGUUCAUCAAACAUGGUUACUGGGGAAACAAAAAGCUUUUUCAGUUUGGCUAAAUCUUGGUGGCAGGUGGAGAAGGUGAACCCUAUAAAACUCUAUGAUGAGAAUAAAGUGAUUGCUGGAUUUUCACUGCUAAACCUUCUUUUCAAACAAGGCAGAAGCAGCCUGGUAAAGAUAGUGGUGGACAAACUAAUUUCCCUCUACAACGCAAGGAAGAUCAAACCACUGGUAGAUUCAUUAUGGGCCCUGGAGGAGGUAAAAGAGGCCAUGCAGAGGAUCCACGACAGGGGCAACAUAGGAAAGCUGAUACUGGAUGUGGAGAAGUCUCCUACUCCCCUGAUGGCCAAUGACAGCACAGAGACAAGUGAAGCAGGGGAGGAGGAGGAGGACCAUGAGGGGGACACCGACAACAAGGAAAGAAUGCCCUUUAUUCAGUAACUCUACAGGGAGGUCAUGCACUGAAGAGAGAAAAGAGUGAGGGGUCGGAGGAAGAAGAUGAAGAAGGAGGAGGGGGAGGGAGGGAUUGAGAGAGACCCGGGACCUGCCUUGACCAUCAGUGAACAAAUACCGUAGUACAGUGUGUGUUGUUGUGUUUGUCUGCCAGUCAGCUGAGCUGUACAUUGUUUGAAAACUAACUGUGGCUUGUCAAACAACUGAAGUGCCAUUCCCAUUGCAGUAUUAUUAUGAUGUUACUUUUCGUGUUACCGAGUGAACCGUUGUUCCCAGAUGCUUUGUCUUGUUUAAGUCUCUCCCGGGGGCUAUUGUUGUGUGUGACAUAUUUUCUGAGCAUUCCCGAUUUUUAUUUAAAAAAAAAAAAAGGAAAGGAAAGAAAACCACUUUGCUGCUUCUCUUUCAUUUACUGUAGCUAGUGUGCUGUUCUCUAUCCUGGAUAGCUCCUUAGGGUGCUACAGCUUGAACAAGCCCACUUUACACAAGCCCUCUACACAUCCUUUUACAGUGACCACUACACUUCUGAUAUUAUUGUUUAACGUUGAAGGGUUUGUAGGGUUUUGCGCUCUCAGUAUUUUUCUAUUAAAAGUUGUAUAUUUAGAGGGGGCUCCUGAGUGGCGCAUCCAGUAAAGGUGCUCCACGUGGAGGGCAGGAUGUGCUCUGUAGUCUGGACGUUGCGAGUUCAAGUCCAGGCUAUUCCAGAGCCGACCAUGGACGGGAGCUCCUAGGGGAUGGUGCACAAUUGGCCGAGCGUCACCUGGGGGGAGGGAGGGAGAGAGGGCUGGCUAGGUCGGCCAGGGUGUCCUCGGCUCACCGCGCACCAGCGACCCCCGUAAUCUGGCCGGGCGACUGCAGGCUUGCCUAUAAGCUGCCCGAGAGCUGCGUUGUCCUCCGACACUGUAACUCUUGGGUGGCUGCAUGGUGAUUCCGCAGUGUGGGAAAAAAAGCGGUCUGCUGACGGCACACGCUUCGGAGGACAGCGUGUGUUCGUCUUCACCCUCCUGAGUCAGCACAGGGGUGGUAGCGGUGAGCUGAGCUUCAAAUAAUAAUUGGCCAUUCCAAAUUGGGAGAAAAUAAUAAAAAUAAUUGGCAACGACUACAUUUAUUAAAAAAAAAAAAAAAAAAAAAAGUUGUACAUUUAGGAAAACCCAAUCUAGAAAAUAAUUUCUGUAAUAGUAACCUUAUUUAAUUUGUUGUUUGAAAUGUCAUUUUAAUUGCUAUUUUACAUUGAGUGGUUCCAUGAAUUCAUUAUCUCUCAACUCUGCAUUUACCUGGCUGUGAGCUUGUCUGAAGAAUCCCAAGUAAACAGCCUUCCUCAUUCCUUACACAUCAUGUGACAAUAGAACCUUUCAACUCUGGCAGAGUGGAAAUCUCAUACUGUCACAUGAUUUUUAUGGAUUCAGAGGCGGAUUCAGUUAUAAGAACUCAAUAUUGGAGAAACCAAAAACCACUCAGAAUUAUUGCAAACAUCAUAACACGUAAAGGGUAACAUAAAAAAGCAAAUAAAAGGACAAUCUUUGCUUCUUUAAAUUGAGUUGGAUUAAAUUUGAAAAAUACAGCGCCACUAGCAACUUUAAGAUGCCAUUAUACACAUGCCUCUAUAGACAAUAAACUUGUCAAUAGCAGUGCUGCAAUUUUCAUUUACAAAUGAAUCACAUUAAAAGGGAAUUGCAUCCAUUUGGGAAAUAGUGUUACAAAUAAAAUUAUUAAGGUGCUCCUCAUAGCAGGAAUCCUUUUAUGGAAAAAAUGACAUGAUAAAAUGAGUCAAGGACCAUUAAUCUUUUAAGAGUGCUGAGGUUCUAGUAAUUUAAAACAAAUAAAAACAAGGAUGAGAUGCAUAUUGAGAGAAAAACACUUAACAUGUCUUAUUAGAUUCAGAACUUCUUUUCUGUCAGCUUACUAAGUGUAGAAUGAUAUAACAUUUUAUUUGACAUAGCAGCAGCAUUCUCCCUUCUGGAAGCUGCUUGGCUGAUGGUACUGAAUCUUUUUUUACAGCCCAAUAGUUUAAUUGGUUUCAACGGGCUAAUUAAAUCUACAUAUUACAACAGAACAGUUUUUUUUAAAAUUUAAGCACUGCAAUUUUAAUUUUUUUAAUGAAAGUUUUGAUUUCAUCAUUAUUCACUUUAUAGUCACUCACUCCAGAAUCCAAAAAUAACAAAAUGGAUUGGACAAGAAACAUGUAGCUUUGACAAGAAAUAUUCCUGCAAAAAGGGCAGAAUUCAAAGGCAAACCCUUAACAAUGCGACUCACCUGCUUACAGUACGUUUAUGUGAAUGGAUUAAAGCGAGUGGUUUGUAUUUUAAUAAAAAAGUAUGCCUUUCGAUUCAACAGUGCCUGUGGAAUGUGGGAGCAAUUUUAUCUGCUAAAUGAGAAGCAGAAACAGCAAAGCGGUUAAAAAUUAUAUCUACUGAUAUUUUAUAUUUUGAUGGUUCUGUGUGAGUUAAGUGGCGUUCACCUGCCAGUGUCUGUACGGUGUGUGUGUGUGAUACAUCACAACCGAGUGCCAAUAAGCAGGACAUUAGUCAAAUUCAAUUAUGGAUCUGCUUGAAAGUCCAGCUCAGUGACAGUAUUAAAAUGGCUGCAUACAUUUUUUAACUGCUAAAAUACAAGUCUUACCAUUAGGUAUUGUGAUCCCUACUGGCAAAAGAUGGAAUUGAAGCUUCCCCACAGACAAUCCCAAUACAUGCUUUCUCUAGCUGUAGUGCCCAGCAGACGAUUCAGAUAUAAUCCUAACCAAAGCAGCAGUAUGCACUCAGUAAUGAGCAGUGCUGCAAACUGAAGGAUAUUACAUUGAGACAGUGUGCUGGAACACAGGAAUGCCUCAAGGGCAUUCCUGUGUUGCUUUAAUUAGUUUUAAAUUGCACAAAACCAUUUGCACAACAGUUUGAAAAACAGAUGAGUAGAUGUAACGUUUAAAGAAGGUCAGUCUGAUUUUGAGUACUGCAUUGAGCACACCGUUAUAAAAGUGUGAUAAAGUACGGUGAAACCAUGGUAAGCAUAGGUAAGCAUUGUAAAGAACAGGGAGGUAUGGUAAAGCAUAUAAUAUUAAUAAACAUGAAAAACCAGUAAAUGCUUUGUAUAAAUUUGGUAGAUUUUUAUAAGGGCUGCAUUGUCACCAUGUUACGGUACAAUAUAUAUUGGAAACAACUGAGGCACAUCUUGGUGCCAAAUACAAUAUAGCAUUAAUUCAUUAAUCAAACAUUGAUCAUACCCAGGGCACUGUUAUCUCCCUCUCCAAAAAAAUGAGGAUAUGAGUUGGGCUUGAGUAAAAUAUGUAGAGGGAACAGGAAGAGAAAGUGUUGUAGUCUCAGUAAACCACAGCAAGCCUUCAUUUACCAAGAAAAUGAUAAACAAAUCUGAAGCUAUUUUCCUCCAUCCAGCUCUUGUUUUUGACAAAGUUUCUGAUUAUUAUUCUGGUUUGACAGAUUGGACUGCUACAACGAGCCCAUAGCAUUAAUAGAUGGGAUUCCAGCAUACAUCCAUAGUUCCAGCAUACAUCCAUAGUUGAACUUCACUUCAGAGGUUCUUUAUAGGUAUUGUCAGCUUAAGAGGACAGGUAACUGCUUAGUUUGCCUUAAGAAACUGCGUAGGCCUAUUUAUUAGCGGGAGCCUGGUUACAGACAAUUGGAAUACUGUUUGACUGUAUUUGUUGUGGUAGUGCUUUUGUUAUAUUGUGCAUACCAAGCCAAUUCUGUUUACAUACAAUACAUAAAUAAACUGAUCAGCAUA